AAAAGAAAAUGCGAUUAUCAGCUUCUACUCUUUCCUAAGCCUAACACGAUAAUCUUGCAGGACAAUACAUCCGCGCCAUUGCCGAAUUUCAAGAUCUUGACGUUUUCAGAGUUCAGAUUAGCCGAGAGGUCAGCCCAAUGGAAGAAAUGCGAGCCUACACAUCGCAUCGCGAUCCAGAGGCCCCAAUUUCCUUAUCUAGGGAUCUCGAUCGUGAGCAAGAACUACCUAUGGUUAACUCCUCGUUUGGAAACGAUGAUGAACCUUCCAGUGCUGGAACUCAAAAUUGCAGUGUUGAUGAUGCAGAUCCGGUAGAUUCAAUGCUCUGUUUUUGGGGUUCAAGGCUUGUCCACGUGGGGCUUGAGCGGGUUAACUGCACAGAAGAUUUUGUGAUGUUUGUGAAUGCUGGUGGUGGGACAUUAAGGGAAGAAGAUGCCAAUAACAUAUUCAAGCCAGACAUCUGCUUCCAAGGAGGGGAUGAUUUUGGGACAGAAGAGAGUAUAAUAGAUGGGGGAGACUAUCCGUCAAUUUACCAGUCUGCACGGCUUGGAAAUUUCUGUUACCGUUUUGACAAUCUUCCACCUGGAGAUUAUUUUGUUGAUCUACAUUUUGCGGAGAUUAUAAACACAAAUGGACCUCAAGGAAUGAGAGUUUUCAAUGUCUAUGUGCAGGAAGAGAAGGUUCUAUCUGAACUUGAUAUCUAUUCCAUUGUUGGAUCCAAUAGACCAUUGCAGCUGGUUGAUGCCAAGGUCUCUGUGGGUGAGGAUGCUGCAAUUGUAAUAAGGUUCGAAGGAGUUCAUGGAAGCCCACUGGUUAGUGGGAUAUGCAUUAGGAGAGCACCAAAAUCAUCUGAUAGUCAGGAGAAAUCUGAGCACCUCAUCUGCAAGAACUGUGCUGCUGAUAUUGAAGUUCCUUCAGAUCAGAAGAAACUUAUUCGGAUGAAAUCUACUACCAAGUAUGAGAAAAAGAUAGAAGAAUUGACUACCCAAUGCAAGCUCAAGACAAAUGAGUGCUAUGAGGCUUGGAUGUCUCUGACAGCUGCAAAUGACCAGCUACAGAAGGUUAGGAUGGAGCUUGACAAUAAGUGCUUCCAAACUCUCUCCUUAGACCAAGCUAUGAAAAAGCAAGGGACAGAACUGAGGGAUGUUUGUAGUAGAUAUGAACAAGAUAAGAAGUUCUGGAUUGCUGCUGUUAAUGAUUUAGAAGGAAAAUUAAAGAUUCUGAAACAGGACCAUUCUAAACUCUCCUGUGAAGCUCAUGAGUGUGCUGAUUCAAUUCCGGAAUUGAAUCAAAUGGUCUUUGCAGUUCGGGCUUUGGUUGCACAGUGUGAGGAUCUUAAAGUGAAGUACAGUGAAGAGCAGGUACAGAGAAAAAAGCUCUUCAACCAAAUUCAAGAUGCAAAAGGGAAUAUUAGGGUCUUCUGCCGGUGCCGUCCAUUAAGUAAGGCGGAAGUUUCUGCAGGAUAUGCAACGGUUGCAGACUUUGAUGCAGCUAAGGAUGGAGAAUUAGGGAUUUUGACUGGUGGUGCUGCGAAGAAGACCUUCAAAUUUGACAGAGUUUAUACACCAAAGGAUGAUCAGGCUGCUGUGUUUGCGGAUGCCUCACCUUUGGUGACUUCAGUGUUAGAUGGAUACAAUGUAUGUAUAUUUGCAUAUGGGCAAACAGGGACAGGAAAGACUUUUACAAUGGAGGGUAUCGAGCUGAACCGAGGAGUCAAUUACAGGACUCUGGAUCAGUUGUUCAAAAUAGCCAAAGAAAGGAAUGAGACUUUUACAUACAACAUAUCUGUUAGUGUGCUUGAAGUCUACAAUGAGCAGAUCAGGGACUUGCUUGCCACAUCACCAACAUCCAAAAAGUUGGAGAUACGGCAAGCUUCUGAAGGGGUUCAUCAUGUUCCAGGAAUUGUGGAAGCCAAGGUUGAGAAUAUAAAGGAGGUCUGGGAUGUGCUGCAGGCUGGAAGUAAUGCUAGAGCUGUUGGAUCCAACAAUGUCAAUGAGCAUAGCAGUCGCUCCCAUUGCAUGCUUUGUAUAAUGGUAAGAGCAAAGAAUCUGUUGAAUGGGGAGUCUACCAAGAGCAAGCUUUGGCUUGUGGACUUAGCUGGCAGUGAAAGGCUUGCAAAAACCGAUGUACAAGGUGAGCGGCUCAAGGAAGCUCAGAAUAUCAACAGAUCACUUUCAGCCCUUGGGGAUGUCAUAUCUGCUCUAGCAACCAAAAACAGUCAUAUUCCAUAUAGGAAUUCCAAAUUGACGCAUCUGCUCCAAGAUUCAUUAGGGGGUGAAUCCAAAACUCUGAUGUUUGUGCAAAUAAGCCCUUCAGAAUACGACUUAGGCGAGACUCUAAGUUCAUUGAAUUUUGCAACUCGGGUUCGGGGGAUUGAGUUGGGUCCUGCAAAGAAGCAGAUUGACGCGGGUGAACUUCAAAAGUUGAAAAUGUUGCUUGAAAAAGCAAAGCAGGAAUCUAGAUCAAAAGAUGAUUCACUGCGGAAGUUGCAAGAUGACAUUCAAAACUUGGAAAAUAAGGCUACAAGCAAAGAUCACCUUUGCAAAAGCCAACACGAAAAAGUAAAAGAACUUGAAAACCAGCUUGAGUUGAAGAUAGAGUUACACAGCCAGAUGGAGAAGCAAUGUCGGCAUCUUGUAGAGAUAAUGAAGGGAAGUGAAGAAACUUGCAUGGCCCUUCAACAAAAGGUUAAGGAGCUUGAAAACAAGUUGAAAGAGAGAGAGCGCAUGGAGUCCCUCAGUCUUCAACAGAAGGUCAAAGACCUUGAAGACAAGCUCAAAGAGAGAGACCUUCAGUUUGAAUCCAAUUCUAUGACCCUUAGAAGAAAGGUCAAGGAAUUGGAGAGCAAGCUGAGAGAGCAAGAACAAAACUCAGAGUCUGUUUACCUUCAGCAGAAGGUUAAGGAGGUUGAAGACAAAUUGAAAGAGCGAGAACAACAAGUGGAGUCUAUGAUAUACAAACUGAAAGAACGAGAACAACAAGUGGAGUCUAUGCUACUACUAAGUUCAACAAGUAAGUCAGGAGCAGCUAGCCCAAACCAAGGAAAAGCCAUGUCCAGAGAGGAAUCCAUGUGUGAAACUGAUCCCAUGAUUCUAAGGAGCUCAAGUUCAAUCAAUCGCGCAAUGAAUCAGGAGUCUGUUUUGCUACGCGGCACUGAAUCUCUCCGUGAGAUUAGAAGGAAAAGAGAUAUCAGAAGUGGUGAAACGGAAAAUAUUUACUUCCAACCAAAUCCUUCACUUGAGAAGAAGAUAGUGCCAACAGUGGUUGGCAGAGUUAGAAAAAUUGAUCCAGUUAAACCAUUGACAAGAGUUGUAAGAACAACCAAACCAGUUAAUACUGCUCCAAAGAUGUUUUCUCAUGGCAGGAUCAACAGAGAUCAGGUCCAAGGAAUCAAGGAGAAAGAUAAGACAAGGGGAUGGUCAAGAUAGCGAAACAAAAGAAGUCAAAGCAAGUGAAGCAGGU